AUGCCAGUUUUCUUACAAAUACGAACUACCGUAAAUUUGUGUUUGGACCUUGGUGCCACGUUGGCGGACGAUAAUGGAGCCGGCCUUCGCGGCUUGGUCGCCGAAGAUCUUGACCCCAAGCCGCUGCCCCUGAGAGUCACGGCCGUUCUUAGUGCUACCAGCUCCUUUCUUGUGCGCCGCCAAAAUCGUCAGCCGCGGCUUGAUCGGGAACGAAACGGUGACGUUUUGGCUGAUGUGAAUCGAACCGAAGUCGCUUCCGAGGAAGGACGACGAGGAGCUGGAACCAACGGAAAGGCCUUUGAACGCGCUCACUAG